GAAAGGCUCUGCUCCCAGCGCGCCCCUCCCGUUCUCCCCCCCAAAAAGUUGGAGUCGCCGCAGCUGGGUUGCCAGCGGAGUCGCGCGCCGGGAGCUACGUAGGGCAGAGAAGUCAUGGCUUCUCCGUCCCAAGGCAAUGACCUGUUUUCAUCCGAUGAGGAGGGCCCGGCGAUGGUGGCUGGGCCGGGCCCCGGGCCUGGGGGCGCGGAGGGGGCCGCGGAGGAGCGUCGCGUCAAGGUCUCUAGCCUACCCUUCAGCGUGGAGGCGCUCAUGUCGGACAAGAAGCAGCCCAAGGAGGCGUCCCCGCUGCCGGCCGAAAGCGCCUCGGCCGCGGCCACCCUGCGGCCACUGCUGCUCCCCGGACACGGCGCCCGGGAAGCGCACAGCCCCGGGCCGCUGGUCAAGCCCUUCGAGACCGCUUCAGUUAAGUCGGAAAAUUCAGAAGAUGGAGCGGCGUGGAUGCAGGAACCCGGCAGAUAUUCACCGCCGCCAAGACAUAUGAGCCCUACUACCUGCACCCUGAGAAAACACAAGACCAAUCGGAAGCCACGUACACCCUUUACCACGUCCCAGCUCCUUGCUCUGGAGCGCAAGUUCCGCCAGAAACAGUACCUCUCCAUUGCAGAGCGCGCAGAGUUCUCCAGCUCUCUGAACCUCACAGAGACCCAGGUCAAAAUCUGGUUUCAGAAUCGACGGGCCAAGGCAAAAAGACUGCAGGAGGCGGAACUGGAGAAGCUGAAAAUGGCUGCGAAACCAAUGCUGCCCUCGGGCUUCAGUCUCCCUUUCCCCAUCAGCUCGCCCCUGCAAGCAGCAUCCAUAUACGGAGCAUCCUACCCUUUCCAUAGACCUGUGCUUCCCAUCCCGCCCGUCGGACUCUAUGCCACGCCAGUUGGAUAUGGCAUGUACCACCUGUCCUAAGGAAGACCAGUUUCAUAGACUCCAUGAUGGAUGUUUGUUUCAAAGGGUUCCCUCUCCCUCUCCAAGAAGGCAGCACAAGCCAGUACUCCUGCUCUGCAAACCCUGCGUACAUUGCCCUAAGCGGCUAGGUGGACAGGGCCACACAACAUAGUUGAAAUUUGUGCUUUAGGUGGAGGCACUGAGCCCUGUUUGCUUGGUGUAAUCAUCCAGAUGUCCCCAACUCCUUUCACAAAGAUUGGCUCUGAUGGGUUUUAUAUAUAAAUAUAUGUAAUAAAAUAUAAUACAUUUUUA